GCCGCCCCAGGCCCCCCCCAUGGAGCCCGAGGCCCCGGAUUCCCGCAAGAGGCCCCUCGAAACGCCCCCCGAGGUGGUCUGCACUAAGCGCAGCAACACGGGAGAGGAAGGCGAAUAUUUCCUGAAGGUGCUGAUCCCCAGCUACGCGGCAGGCUCCAUCAUUGGCAAGGGCGGGCAGACCAUCGUGCAGCUGCAGAAGGAGACAGGAGCCACCAUCAAGCUCUCUAAGUCCAAAGACUUCUAUCCGGGAACCACAGAACGAGUAUGCCUGGUACAGGGCACAGCAGAGGCCUUGAAUGCUGUGCACAGCUUUAUUGCUGAGAAGGUCCGAGAAAUCCCACAAGCAAUGACCAAGCCUGAGGUGGUCAACAUUCUUCAACCCCAAACCACGAUGAACCCCGACAGAGCCAAGCAGGCCAAGCUGAUCGUCCCCAAUAGCACCGCGGGCCUGAUCAUUGGCAAAGGGGGCGCCACCGUGAAAGCCGUGAUGGAACAGUCGGGUGCCUGGGUGCAGCUGUCGCAGAAGCCGGAGGGCAUCAACCUUCAGGAGCGCGUGGUGACCGUCAGCGGCGAGCCGGAGCAGGUGCACAAGGCCGUGAGCGCCAUCGUGCAGAAGGUACAGGAAGACCCCCAGAGCAGCAGCUGCCUCAACAUCAGCUACGCCAACGUGGCUGGCCCCGUGGCCAACUCCAACCCCACCGGCUCACCGUACGCCAGCCCCGCCGACGUGCUGCCCGCCGCCGCCGCCGCCUCGGCCGCUGCCGCCUCGGGCCUGCUGGGCCCCGCGGGGCUGGCGGGCGUGGGCGCCUUUCCGGCCGCCCUGCCUGCCUUCUCAGGCACCGACCUGCUGGCCAUCAGCACGGCGCUUAACACGCUGGCCAGUUACGGCUACAACACCAACUCCCUCGGCCUGGGCCUCAACUCGGCCGCGGCCUCCGGGGUCCUGGCAGCCGUGGCCGCCGGUGCCAACCCCGCAGCCGCCGCUGCAGCCAACCUCCUGGCGUCCUACGCGGGGGAGGCCGGGGCGGGGCCCGCCGGAGGGGCCGCCCCGCCUCCGCCCCCGCCCCCCGGAGCCCUGGGGUCCUUUGCCUUGGCCGCAGCCGCCAACGGCUACCUCGGGGCUGGAGCGGGCGGCGGGGCGGGCGGCGGGGGUGGCCCGCUAGUGGCCGCCGCAGCUGCAGCCGGGGCCGCCGGGGGCUUCCUGACGGCGGAGAAGUUGGCAGCCGAGAGUGCCAAGGAGCUGGUGGAGAUUGCGGUGCCUGAGAACCUGGUGGGGGCCAUUCUGGGCAAAGGGGGCAAGACGUUGGUGGAGUACCAGGAGCUGACAGGCGCUCGCAUCCAGAUCUCCAAGAAGGGAGAGUUCCUGCCUGGCACGCGGAACCGGCGGGUCACCAUCACGGGCAGCCCUGCGGCCACACAAGCCGCUCAAUACCUCAUCAGCCAGCGGGUCACCUACGAGCAGGGAGUGAGGGCCUCAAACCCCCAGAAAGUGGGAUGAGGCCUGUGGUGUGUGCUCCCACCCUCCUCCCGGCCCCUUCUCCUCCUCUUCCUUCUCCUCCCCUCCCCCACCCCACCCCCAACUCCUGACCUCAGCUCGGGUGUAGUCCUGCUCCUCGUGGGACGGGGCUGGGGUAGGCCUGACUGCAACCCCCCCCUCUGGUAGUCAUAGGCAGGAUUGAGUGAUGGCUGGGGAUGGGGCCCAGAAGCCCCCUCCCCCAGCUCUGAACUGACCCCCUUCUUCCUUCCUCCUGACGCUUGGCUGGGCCUGACCCUCCUCUCCCAGGGCCCGGGUCUGUGUGAUAUCUGUAUAUAUUGCAUUUUGUUGAUUUUAAUAGAAAACAAAGUGUUAUUUUCUCUU